AUGGAAAUUGCAAUUCUUGAGGUAUUUCCAGACUCUCAUCAUUGUUUAUGUCUUUGGCAUAUUAUGAAAAAACUUCCAGCUAAGUUUAGUAGUCAUGCCAACUAUAAGUUGAUAAAGAGAAACUUGAAGAAUAUUGUUUAUAAUUCUUUGACAACUACAGAAUGUGAUAGCAACUGGAAAAAAUUUAUCAAAGAAUUUAACUUGGAGAAAAAUGAUUGGUUGAAUUCUUUAUAUGAAAUUCGUCAUAAGUGGAUGCCUGUGUAUGUGAAAGAUAAAUUUUGGGCAGGAAUGUCGACAAGUCAAAGAAGUGAAAGUAUGAAUGUUUUUUUUGAUAAUUAUGUUCAUUCAAAAACAACUUUGAAGCAGUUUGUUGAACAAUAUGACAAUGCUUUGAAAAGCAAGAUUGAAAAGCAAGAUAAUUCUGAUUUUGCUUCUUUUAAUUCAAUAAUUCCGGUCAUCAGUGGCAAUCCAAUUGAAAAGCAGUUUCAAAGUGUUUACACUAACAAGAUAUUUAAGUUGUUUCAAAAUGAACUACGAUGUUUGAUGUUUUGUAAUACUUCAUUUGUGAAGGAAGAAGGAUCAACAUUAUUUUUUGAGGUGAUGGAAACUGUAUAUGGAAAAGAUGGAACAACUCCAAAAGAGAUUUCCUUUUGGGUACAAUAUAGUGAGUUACAAUGUCAGAUGAAGUGUUUGUGUCGUCUCUUUGAGUUUCGUGGAAUUGUUUGUAGACAUUUGAUGUCUGUUCUGGUAAAAAGAAAAGUCACUACAGUUCCAGAACAUUAUAUUUUAGAACGAUGGUGUAAAGACAUUAAACGUGGAUAUCAAGGAAUCACUAAUAUUUAUGAUGAUUCUUGUCAGCAUGCAGAAGAAAGACGAAGAUAUAAUAAUCUUCAACCAUUGUUACAGGAAGUGGGACAACUUGGGUCAAAAAAUGAUGAGAGCAACAUAAUACAUGAGGAAUCAAGAAAUGAGAGCAAAAAGUUUCAUAGUCCACUGAAAGGUUCUACAAUUGAUAGAAAGCAAGAUGAGUUAUCAAACAUUGAACAAAUUGAUAAAUUUUCAGAGAGUCAGAGAUUGUGUAGAUUGGAUAAAGAACUGCUGGUUCCUAAUGAUAUUAUUCAGACAAUGGAGAGAACAAGGUCUUUUGAGAAGCCUAUUGAUUUGUUACAAAUGCAUGCUGAUUUGUUCAAGGAAGGCGAGAGUGCAAAGAUGAAUUUUGAGAUUAAUGAUUAUCCAGGAUAUGGAGAUGAAAAUCUUCUGCUUCCCAAGUAUUUACAUUCUGAAUUAUAUUCUCAAUUUGUUGGUGUGACACAGCUUCGAGUUCUUGAACGGUUGAACGGCCUUGGAGGAAGCAAAAAAAUGCAAAGUGGCCAUUUCUUAGAACGAAAGGUAUGCAUCUCCAUUGUGGCCAUUGUAAAGGAUUCCUCUAUCUUAAUCGAGCGAACCAUCAGCAAGAAAGAAUCAAAUUCAUCUAACGACAUACAGAAAAAAUGA